UCUACAUUUAUAUCCUUUUCUGAGUGACUUUAUAAACUUUCCUUGGCAUUUUGUGCAGAAAUCCAACAGGAGCGAUAAUUUUGAUGAUGCAGAAUGUCGAUAACUGGGAAACAUUCGUCAAUGAGCAUUUGCUACAAUUUGGUGUAGUUGAUGGCCUCCUGCUUAUCACAAAGAGGGGAGAAGCAGUUUACUCGCAGGGAAAGCUUUCCGCUGUAGAAAGGAAAUACACAGAACAGUUUGUUAACAUAUUUAAUGCUUCAACUAGUGAGCAAGAAACUGCAUUUUGCUGCAAAGGAUUUGAUUUGGAAGAUGAUCGAGGAAAGAUGAAUCACUUCACAAUUUAUCACAAGACAUUUUGUAGUGUCUAUUGCACUUCAGAGCACAAUAAGAAAGGUCUAAUAGUAUGUAACCUACCAUACAGUGUACUGAUAGCUUCAUAUCCAUGUGGACAGACCAAUACAGAGGUUAUCAGGAUAGUUGAAAAUGCUUGCAAGAUUCUUAGGAUGUAAUCCAAAAGCCCCUGGUCUAUCAACUAGCACACAUCGUGUGCAGAACAAACUAGUCUUGGGAAAAGUGGCCAAAAACUAUAACAAAAUCAUUACCACUGAGAAGACAUCACCCUGUUCAACAAAUAAUAUAACUCAACUCCAUCACAACUGAUGGUGUUCCAAGUUUAUUUCUUUGAAGCAUCUGAGAUGUUAGAUGGAUUCCCCAGUAAAGCUAAAGCAUUUCUCAACAGUCAUGCAGUUAUCAUUGUCAGGUAAACAAUCAUGCAGAGAUUAACAAUUCCUGGCAUCUUCAAGUAGCUAUGUUUAAGACAUUUUGCCUGUUGUCUCGUAAAUCAAAUAUCACUGAAUUACUGUCCACAUCUUCAUAGGUUUUCUUAUAAACGUAAUGUAUAGGAAAAAGAAAUACCUUGUGUAAGGACUGUACACAUCAUACCAGGGGCAACGUAUCAGUCUUAAAAAACCCACAGGAAUUCUGCAUAAAUUAAUUAAAUUUUAGUGCCAAAAAAAAAAAACAUUUGGAGGGGGGGGGUCUUCCCUACACUAGUGCUAAUUGCUAAUAUGCCCCAAGUAGGUAAGCCGUAACAGGGGUUGAGAUGCUGUCAGGUUUUAAAUCAUCAAUGUUAAAAUUUAUAUUGUGGGUCUUUCUUGUUGUUGCAAGAURUAUUGUAUCCUGGGUUGUUGUUCUUUGUAUUUCUCGUUGUUCUUGGCUAUUGUUUGAUUGUCUUCAUGGCUCAGGUGCUUGGCAACACCAAGAAAGAGUAUAUUGUUUUUUAGAACAUGAUACACCCCACCUACCCCUCCCUCUCCAUGGGUCCUGUGGUACUGUCAGAGGAUUAAGAUGCACCAACAUGUAAUUGUCUUACAUGCCAUAAAACAAUAUUUUAUUUUCUUUGAUUAAGAAACUGAAUACUAUGCAAUCCAUUUUCGUAAACUGUUUGAUCCAAACUAAUAAAUACAAUAAACUCCAAUGAAUACAAUAAACAAAAAUAAGCCCAAAUGUUGUUUUUAUCAUUAAAGUUAGACAGUUAUUUUUGGCUCAAAUUUAUUGUGAAUAUAAUAUGAUAUUUAUCAUCCACUGCCAUUCAAAAGGUAUAAAGAGGUGCUUCAAGAUUUAACCAAGCAUAUCAAAUUGAUGGUGCUUAAGGCAAAAUAAAGUGGUGCUGAACAUGGUUAAUACUCAGUUUCUAAAAUUAAAUAUAAAAGAAACCAAAAAAAAUUCAAAAUCAACAAAAGAAAAUCCAAAUCAAGGCAUUAGAAAAAAAGAAAAAAGA